UAGGGGCAGGGGCAGGGGCAGGGGCUGGGACGUGCUUCUGCCGCUGUCCUUGGCCGGAGAUGGCAGACCGCGGAGCCGGGACCUCCUCCUCAGCUGCUGCUGCUGCUGGCCGUGGCGCUGGCGGCGGUUCCGCCUCCUCUCCCAGCAGGGCGGCGCCACCGUUGGAUCCGUCUCUGGUGAACGAUUUGCUCAACGUCGACGUCCCGCCGCAGAUUGCGAGGAAUAUCAGCGCUCAGAUGGUGAAUGAGUACAUCGAUUCUCUGGCAGCCGAGAUCAACAGGAUGAGCCCUGAGGAGCUCGACGAGGCCGCGGGGACCGGCAGGUUCGCCGGUGCAAACAGGUGGCUGAAGCUCGCUGAUUACCUGGGCACGUUCGUUAGGGACAAUGCCGCGGAAUCGGUCCUGCCUGUUCCUGCCGGCGCUCAGCCGGAGCAAGUCCACGCACAACUGUUCCUCUCGCCGCACACUAUGCACGCCUUCGAGCUGAUUGCCGGCGGGGACAGAGCCGCCGCCGAGAAACACUUCGACCAGCACAUGGCGCCGCUCAGGCAAUCAUGCACAAACGGCUACGUCCGCAACCUCUUCAACAAAGUGGAGAUCACCAUCAGGGGGACGCUCUACCAAAUUCCGAAUGUGGCUGAGGCUCACAGGCAAGCUACCGUUGAGAUCAUGGACUACGUCUACCUGUACUUCCCCCGCCUCAAGCCCAAGCUUCAGCCUUCAAAGGGGCAGGAGCCGAACCCAAUGUGGAUGUUCGGUGAGAUGCUGCACAAGGGGGACGGUACGCCGGGCUUCAGAUGCUUCUCCUGCCACGAGGUCGUCUGGAACUCUGGCGCACCCCACCUGAAGCUGAGGAGUCACCUGGAAGGCGAUUGCCCGGCGGUGGCACAGUGCACCCUCGACCGCCUGGCGGCCAUCCCUCGUCCCUAGUCCGCUCACCAUACCAACAGCUGCUGCCCGAUGCGUGUCCUUUCCAUCGACGUUUACUCGUUUUGCGGCCAAAUUAAAAGAAGCAUCUGAAGCCAUGCAUCUGCUUGUAGAACUCCGUCAGUCAAACCCUGCUAUGUCAGUUCAAGUUUCACCUAGCUUGCCGAUGGGCGAUCAGCACGCAUAUAACUGGAGGAGCCCUUUUACCAUGCUUGGAAAUACUUUCCAAUGCCUCUCAAUAUCUUUGCAAAAAAGUUUUUUUAUUGAUUUUAUUGUUCAAAGGACAGUGUUGUCAUUGCGCAUCCUCAAAUAAAUAAAUAAAAGACCCUACCGCCCCAACCCAAUCACGGACGCCGCACUACCGCCCCAACCCGUCACGGACGCUCGGCCCGCCGUCGACGUCGUGCCGUCGCCUUCCUCCCAUGGCGCUCCCAUCUGCUCCGCCGCUGGCAGCUUCAGGGAGACGUCGUGCCGUCGCCUGGACCCCUCGGCGGUCCCGUCUGCCCCCGCCGCCGCUACCUCUGCCUUGUGGCUCGCCCCCGGCCGCCUCGGGGAGAGAGAGAUACAAACCGCUGCUUCAGCGCCGCUCCUCGCGAACUCCUCCUCCACGUCGUGUUCUUCGCGCGCCCCGUAAGCUGAGCUCAAACAAGAAGUUCAUAUCCAAGUUGAACAGUUCGUGAACAAUUUGGACAAUGAGCGAAGUGACAUUCUGGAGUGCCAUCUGAAAGUAUCACGCAUCAGUUGUACCAACUUAUCUUAGCAUAUCUAUCAGAGCUGUUAGUUUUGUCCUAUUUUCAGUUUCCAUCUGCAUACUGAACCUAAUUUACUCUCGAAUACUCUUUGUUCAUCCUGUCUCCUCCAAGAGGCGCUUAUAGAUAUAGGCAGGCAGAAUGAGUCCACACUUCUCAUUGCAAACUGACAAACGCCACACACACAUAUAUAGGAUGAUGUGGCAGUCUCAUACACAGUUAAUGAUCAUGACGGAGCAUCAUUCGAUGUAAUGUACAUAUUGCAUAACUCAUGAAAGGAAACAACAGACUCAAACCAUCGUAUAUAUAUUGCUUCUCAACCUUCUCUCUGUAAACUGAGAGGAUCC